AUGUGUCUAACACCAGUAGACGACUCGUCAGUACAGAGGGCUGUUGCCAGAGGCCCCAAUUUCAGCAACCUGAAAAACCUACAAGAUAAAGAAAUCCUUGAAGCAGACAAAGAGAAGGGAGAAAUCAAAAUCUUUGGAACAAGAGAUGAUUCAUCUUGUCUGAUUGAACUGCUGAAACCAAUUAUCUGUCUGGUGCAGAAUGACUUACAAUACGAGGACUAUGAACGUCCUCUUUCUCAGCAAUUUGAAUCUGUGAACGUGGUCAUUGGAUCAGGUGGUGAAGUCACCCAGGUUCUAAUGCCUGACGAGUACAGAUCGGUCUUUAUUGAAAAGGCAGGAAAAAACACCAAUGAAGCCACAGUCAGACAAAAGUUAUGUCAAUUCGGAGUAAUAAAAGAAUGUAAGAUAUUUAAGGACAGCAAGAGUAACAGGUGGGGUCGUGUGACCUUUGAAACCUCGGACCAAGCCAAGCAAGCUGUUGCUGCCACAAAGGACGACAAAUGUAUGGUGGCUGUUGCAGAAAAACGAGUCCUGAUGCAAGAGAGUACGACAGAAUUUAAAGCAAAAAUAACAUGGUGUAGGCGCAUAUCUAAAGAUCAUGCCUAUGUAGAUUUAGCAUCUGAACAGCUUCCUAUACUUCUUUCACAUUCGCCCAUUCUGAUUGACAAGUGCCAGGUGCGCGUCCAACUUCACCGGAUGUCAGAAUCUACAUGUACUGUGUGUCUUAACGAGCUGUCCGCUGAAACCCAAGAGAGAGACAUUACCGCUGCUGUGUUGCAGGCACUUGGUCCUCACACUGAUUCACAUGUUAUCCACAAGGUUAUAGUGGUGCGUGAAAAGGUAAAUACAACGCCUGAAAUGUUGAACUUAUUCAGGUCACGUAUUGAAGAGGCAAUCAAGAAAUAUGCUACCUCGGGACAGUUUAGUGUUAAGGUAAUUACACCAAGGCCACAUUCGACGAUGUAUGUAGCGUAUGCUCAUUUCCACCAUCUUGAUGAAUGUCAGAAAGCAUGCAGUAUGUUAUCUCAAAACUUCACAAUGUCUACAAGAAAACUGCUGAUGGAACCAAAUAUUGUAACUCAGGUUUUUGUAAAAGGCAACAUCUUUAAGGUUAUUGAGCAAGAUUUGCGGAAUUCAGUUGAAUAUCUCAAUCACUUAGAAGGCACAACUUCACUACGUCUUAAUGAACUGCGAAGUGGAAAUUAUGUUAUUUAUAUCAACUCUUCUGAUGCAGUUCAGACGGCAAGAGCGCGUUCUUUCCUUCUCGCUAUUAUACAAGGUGAAGUUCUUGAUUGCAAAGACAAUUCGAGUUUGAAGCAUCUUUUUACCAAGAGUGGAAAACAAUUCUUAGCAGGCCUGCAGUCAAAACUGGCGUGUUUAAUUGUGGUUGAUGAUCGCACUAUGACCGUUUCCAUCAAAGGGAACUCUGAGGUAUGCACAGAUGUUAGCCUCUCCAUUAGCGAGUAUUUGGGUAGCAUUUCAGUAGACGAAUGGAAGGACAUUUAUCUUAGAGGGCCUCAAAAACCUGCAGGUGUGAUGAAAGUUCUUACAGCUAAAUAUGGAUCAGACUUGGAAAUGUUGAAAAACGAAAUGGAACUGGUAUCAGUAAACUUGGAUCACCACAGACACAAAGUUGAAGUGGCAGGUUCCUCUGAAGCCAUUAAAAAAACAGAAGCUACCAUAGAGAAAAUGAUUGCUGAAUUAGCAUCGACUCUGCCGUUGAAAACACCGGCAGACGGUCGCCCUAAGUGUGUGGUCUGCCUCCAGCCUGUCGAGUAUGACCAGCUGUAUCGCCUAGAAUCGUGUGGCCAUCCGUACUGCAACGAAUGUAUAGAACAGCAGCUACAGGUGGCUCUAGACUGCAAGGAUUUUCCUAUCGGCUGUGCUCAAGAAAGGUGCUACAUGCAUUUUAUGUGGAGAGAUCUGUCUAAUUUUAUAAAGAAUGGGUCGGUAUCUCUGGAACAGCUUGUGGUGUCAUCUGUGUCUGCGUUUGUGUCCAGAAACCACAAGGAUUAUCGUUACUGCAUCACACCCGACUGCCCAGUCAUCUACAGGGUGAGUGCUGAGGGAUCCAUGUUCAAGUGUUGUGAGUGUCAAAUUAGGAUCUGUACUUCCUGCCACAUCCAGUUCCAUGAUGGUCUCACCUGCACCAUGUACAAGUCUCAGGAAGAAGGUGGUUCGACUUUCUUGAAGCAAUGGAUGCAACUGAAUGAAAACUCAAAACACUGCCCUUGUUGUCAAACUCCAAUAGAAAAAACACAAGGAUGUGACACUAUGGUAUAA